AAGCUGUCAGUAUUAACUUAGUUAUAUAUUUAUAAGAUUUAUAUAUUCCGGUCAUGUGACCUCAUUUCCUGCGAGGCAUCAAUUUGAUGCAAAUAUUAACUCUUUGGUUCGCCACGAUCGUUUAAUAAAUAGUUUGUGUUCUCGAAGAUUCGUGUUUUAAAGAAGAGAAAUACCUCGAGUGACGACGAAAUAAAUACAAGUUCUUAGCCAUGGCCUUGUACCAGCUUUUUGUUGCCGUUUUCCUGCUUAUAAUGGUGAGUUACGAAUGAAUUUAAGGCAUUUUAUUUUGAAGACGCGUUGUUAUGUUUGGACGUCUGCUUCGCAUAGUGUUUAAUAUUUGAUAGCAUUAACGUCUUCGGUUUAAGCUCUUUUAACUUUGAAUUGUGGAUUCUAGCCAUUAUUCAACACUAGCUUAUAGGUUUUGAAAGAGGUUAUGUAAUUUAGCUAGAUUUAUAUUAAUAUACGAUAUUAUGAAGCCAUCUUCCUGUUUUAAAGUUCGAAGUCUUUCGCAAGAAGAAGCUCAAUUUUUUUCGUAUUGUGAGUGACUUAUGUUCGAGUGAUUGCUAGCCGUAUUGUGUGAUGCCGUUUUAAUUCAAGGGAUUAUAUAUUUAAGUCCAAUUUCGUGACAGAACUGACUAAACUCGCUCACACAAUCGAAUGCCUGUCUUCGUUGACCACAAUAUAUAGUACAUUUUUUGUCUAAUCAAAAUGGCGGGAUGUCAUCAAAAUAUUGAAAGAGAAUGUGCCUUUCGUGCUGUGAGGUUAAACUUUUACCCCAACUUUUACAUAUGACGUUUUUAGAUACACCAAAGGUAAUAUAUAACUGAAAUGGAACGAGAUAUGGCAACAUGAUAUGGCAAAAUAUGUGAACAUACCGUUUAAUACCGUUUAAGUUAAACGGAAGUCCUUUGUACACGAAACAACCGGAUAGGUUUACGUAUUAGAAAUUCACACCCUUUAGCCCAGAAAGGCUAAUUUUGUGCUCAAGGCCGAAUUAUAUAGAACUAUGUGUCUGUUCACUCCUACUGUAUAUUUUGGCACAGUAUGAAAGUAUAAUACAAACAUACAGCACUGAGUGCUUGGAUAUUCAAUGUCGUUCCACUUUACCCAUUAAAUGUUGAGAAUUCACGAUAUUUGAUACUUAUUUUGAGCACCAUAUUUUGGGAAUAAUACCGAAUUAUAUAGAACUAUGUGCCUGUUCACUCCUACUGUAUAUUUUGGCACAGUAUGAAAGUAUAAUACAAACAUACAGUACUGAAUACUUGGAUAUUCAAUAUCAUUCCACUUCACCUAUUAAAUGUUGAGAAUUCACAAUAUUUGAUAUUUAUUUUGAGUACCAUAUUUUGGGAAUACUAACUCAGUGAAAUAAAAUCGAUGCAUGUUUUUUUCUUUCGAAUUCAAAUUUUAAGUUGUUUUCUUGAGAAUGAUGAUGCAUUUCUUGUGGUGGUGAAAUCUACUUUUGUCAACCAAAUUGAGCAAUAUUACUCAUUUACAUCCCACACCUAAACACUUGAACCUUCUAAGUAAAGCUUUUUUGUUGUUGUGUUCUAUGUUUUUUGGUCAGGCUUUGUAUUUACCCGCAGAUCGAAACAUCCAUAUUUUGGAUUUGAUUUUAGUUCUUGAAUAUCUUUUAUUCACAAUUUUGUGCUUACUUUGUGAUUUUACUCUCUCUAAUGCCAGAUAAUUUUAUUCAUCAAGGGAAGAAUGCUGCCACUCGAUGGGUUAACCUGACCAUUAUGCUGCACUAUGCCCAAAUACACAUGACUUUAUUGUUUUAUUAUUUAUCUCACACCAGACGGCAAGGGGGAGUCUUGUGCAAUUAUGGGUUAACUGAAGUUACAAAUGUCAAUUUCUAAUGGAUCAUGAAUAUACUUCUUUGUUGUAUGUAACUAACCUUGUCAACAUUACCUACAUGACUUUUUGCAAUACUCUGACAGACUUUUCACAUUAGAGUGUUGAGUGCGAAGCGAUAAUUGGACCCAAAAUCUCUCAGUUGAAAAGAGGCUUGGGAUCUUUAGCAUUUAAUUGAAUUGAAUAUCGUUUAAUAAAAUCUUCCUUGCAGCAUAAGCUGAACUAUAAAGAUAUUACAAUGAGUAAAAACUAACACUAAUUAUGGGCUAAAACAUUGAAUUGAAAAAUUACAUUCAAAUCUACACGAUAUAACCUAAUAGUAACUAACUUUGAGUUCAAACUUGUGUCACACUAGCAAUUAUAUAUUUUUUUAAAUGUUCGGUUUUACAUCUUGGAGUUGGAAUGUUAAAGUGCCUAUUUUCCCUAAGGUGAUUGUAGUUGUUUCUUUCUGGGAGCAAAUGGUGGAGUUUGUGUGACUGAUCAGAUAUAAAUUCUUGUUUACUUUUUGUGUCACUUUUUGAACCACACUAAACACUCCGGUUUUCAGAGAUUUACAGUACAACUGACACCUUAUCAAAUGAUAUGUAUAUGGUUUUGUUUUGAAUAGGAAUUAAAAUCUGGUUGUCGUAUAAUUUCACAGCUAGAUAAGGAUAUGGAUAAGAAACACUUAAACUUUGGUUUCAGAACUAGGGAUGGGAAUAAGAGGUAACAAACAACUGUAUUAUGCUUGUGGUUGUUGCUUCACCUGUUCAGUUGUGUUGACAGUAUCAAUAAUGCCAUGUUUUGUUGACAGUAACACCAUACAAUGAUUUCAUGUUGUUAAAGAUGGGACCUUGUUUUAACUGUUGCUAAGCCAGAGGUAUAAAACCAUUGGGUACUUUACACUACUUCACCAUGCCCAAGUAAGGUAUGGUUUUGAUGGCAUGCAUGCAAUUCAGUAUCAUGUUAUAGCAUGUUGAAUUGUUGAUGGUGUAAGGCCUUGGAAUUCGUGUUGGUAUUCAGAAUGGUAACAUGAUAAUUGAUUGCUGAACUAUUUUGAUAUCAAGGUGAAAAAAUUGACAAAAAUUCAGGCAAUACAGUAGUUUUGUUCUGAGCCCCUUCAGUUGAUAAUAUUGCUUAUUCAAUGACCUUGCUAUAAAUUUGGUCACAAAAAUGGCACACAUGUAUUCGUCAAGUGAAGUGAGUCAUUGAGUCUAGACAGCUGAACUUUUUCAAACAAGCACUAUACUGUAAUAUUCAGUAAAAGUCGUGAGUAAAAAUAAAGCAUUAUACGAAGUAAAAAAUGAUGUACAAUAUGAAUAUAUUAUUAUUCAUGUGCCUGACAAGUUAGAUAAAUUUUGAUCACACACUGCUGUGUCUGUGAAUAUGCAGUACAGUGCUGAUGAAGUGAUCUACAGUUAUAUAUACUCCAAAAGAAUUCAAAUUUUCACAUUUUUCCAAACACGAGUGGUCUGAACUAAAUUCUCACAGUUAUUCAACACUGCAUGCAUUCAUUUUAUGCAUGACCACUUCAGAUUUGCCAAAAAUAGCAUGAAUAGAUAUAAAAAGAUAAGAUUGUUCAACUUCGGAACUUUGCUCAAGACGAAUUGGAAACCCGAUCAAUGUUGCAAAUAUGCCAUCUAUAUAUAACCGAAAAUAUAUUUAUCUGUUCUUGGUACGCAAAACAAUGUCAGUUGAUACUUCAAACUAGGCUUUUAACUUAGGCAAUAGUGCCUUGGCCUUGCGCUAUAAAACCACCCGAAUGCCGCUAAAAAGACGCGAUAUUCAGACCCGAGUUUACGAGUUAAGAAAUGUCUCUUAUUAGGCUGACUGAAUUUCCCAAUUUAUAAGUUUGUGUUUUUCUUCGAGCUAACACCCUGUACAUACAAUUGUAAAAGUUGUGGUAUAAAUUAAGUAUUUAAGGACGCAAUACUAGGGCAAUGCUAUUAAUGAUUAUAUUUUUGCAUUCUUAAAACCCCCUACCAGUUUAUAUUGGUUUGAUUAAAGCAUCGUCAUUGGCACACAUUAAAUUGCCAACUGGCACUGCUUAAAAAAAAUGCACUGGCACUGGCACUGCAAAAUUUCAACCGUGGAUUGGUGAAUAAAAAUAUAUUGUAGAAUAGUACGCCUGAUUAUAUUAUUGCCUUUUUAAGAAUUAAAAAUGCAUGCAGAUCUAUAAAAACGGUUUAUUCAUGUAUCUGCAUGCGUCAAUGGUAUAUAUGUUGGAUACGUACAGGCGUAUAGUUAGAUGUCUAAAGUUUGCUUAUUUUAUCAUGCAUUUAACUUCCAUUUUCUGCAAAAGACAUGCAAUUCAAAAUAAUGGGAAAAAUAAUCCAUUUUCAUAUCGUGGCGUUGUGUAAAUUCUAUAGGCACAAAAUUUAAGGUUAUUGUUCAAGCCUAUUUUUAAUGUCGAAAUAUGGAAUUAUUAUUUUUAAAAAUUCCUAUCUUGAGUUUACAAGAUACAUGUUUUAGAAAGACCAUGUCGAUAAAAUGUGUUCCUUAAGUUAUUAUGAUGCAUUGAGGUCGUACACCUGCUCUAUAAGUUGACCACAAGACCAAACGUUUUUAAAUUACUUACUGCACUUACCUCAAUUACCUGCAACGGAGACUCGAGUUGAUUAGUUCUUGUUGCUAUGUGAUUGUAAUUAACGUCUUGAGAAGAAAGGGAAUAUUUCGUACUUUUCAUUGUAAAAAGGGUCGAUGGUGUGACUUUUCUCUCUACAGGGUGUCCCCAAAAAAAGUGACACUAUAGAAAUUAUCUCAUUGUUCUUAAGCCGCUCUUAAACGCACGUGAUUACACCCCUGGGAAUUUAAUGAACUUGUAUUGUACAGUACAGUACAGUACAACAGGUGGGAAAUUUGUCGUCGCUGACCAAAAAAUUGCGGGCAGAAACAAAGCUCAUUGCAUUUUAAUUCAAAACAAAGCAGAAAGUUAGCAAGAAGCUGUUUUAGCUGACGACUUUUUGCUUUCCAUUCAACGAUUUACAAAUUAUUGGUUAUUCUUUUAAAAGUCGAUCAUGAAUUCUUCGUUUUGGGAUGAUUGUUUUGUAAUCGCGUGAUUGGAAGAAGUUAAUAUGGCGAUGUGAACAUGGGAGUAAAUACAGUAUACGUCGAUCUAUGGCUUGUUUAAAACCGUAAUAAACGAAGAAAGACGUGAUUUGAGAAUGAAAUGUAAGUUGAAAUUAACUUUAUAUGCCUCAAAUUUUCCAUCCUAUGUUUCUUAAUGUAACUUCAGCUGUCUAAGUUCAAAAUACAAGCUCGCGAAAUUUGACAAAUUUUGAAAAUAUGUAAAAAUAGCUUGACUUUGAACUGUAUUUUCUCAAAAAUAGCCCGUGGCCUCAAUUUCAAAUAUAGCUAAAUGAAAAGAAAAAACUUUUCGGCGUUUGUAGGUAUAAAACAUAUCGUCAGGAAAAUAGGGGCUCACAAUGUUUUAGUUCAGUCUUUGAGACCCAGUUGCUUCGCACGUGUUGUGGUCAAAUUUUUGCCAAGAAUCAAAGGCCGAAAUGUGAACUUCCUUCGUCAAAACCGCUUCGAGAAGGGUCUAGUUUGAAAAUUUAGGUAUUAAUUUCGAUUUCAUGAGCAUAUUUUGGUUACACGUUAAGUAUUUUUGUGCUUGAUGAGAUUCAAAAUUUGUUGUAUAUUCAAGCCCGGCUUUUGUGUAAUUUUGGUGAUGACCGGAACAGAAAUAAAGACAUUUUAAAAACUGGCCGUGGCCUCACGAUAAAACUUUCUACAAAUGUUCUCUGUUUCAUGUACUUUUAUUUGAUAUCUUAGGUAUAAGCGUAAAAAUAGGGGCUCAUAUAGUUUACGAGGUUGUAAAAUGCAUGACUUGCCUCUAUUUUCAUGUAAACAUUCGAAAUUUUUCGACAGCAAAGUAGCAACUGUUUCAGAUCGAAUGCACACGGACAGCCCACCAGAGACAAUGGCAGGGUACUGAAAUAGAACGUCACUAAAAAAUUCUGUAUUAUUAAUUUAGAUCAUGUCCACUCUUUCAACAUAAAACAGUCAUUUAUUUUGUACAAACAUUUGGCAAUAUUUACACGAUUGUGCCUUUUUGUAAACACGCGUUGCGUGUAUUGCGUGGCUCAUUUUACUCGCGCAUGCUCAGACAAAUUUCCCACCUGUUGUACAGUACAGUACAGUACAGUACAGUACAGUACAGUACAGUACAAGUUCAUUAAAUUCCCAGGGGUGUAAUCACGCGCGUUUAAGAGCGGCUUAAGAACAAUGAGAUAAUUUCUAUAGUGUCACUUGUAUACAGGGUGUAUAAAAAAAGGUAAUCGAACUUCAGCGCGCUAUUAUACGUGAAUUACUCGGCGUAUAAACAAUUGGUUUUCAUAUUCCGAAAGAUCAGGCUUUUAGCUAUUGAAUAACAUGCUUUUCAUGCCAAGUGGAGAAAAAAUAAGCAUGUACGAGGCCGAUUAAAAAUGGUAGUCAAAAUCGCAUAUUUUCACUUCUGUGCCUAAUUAAAACAAUGAAUAACAAAAGAAAAAGCAAUUAAUCACGAACGUGUCGUAGCUUAGCUAAGAUUUAUUCCUACUUAAUAAUAAUUAUGAAUAUGUGCGUCGUUUAUUGAAGUGAAAUUCAUCAACUUAAGUACCAAAGGGGGUUCAUUUUCAAUGGUUUUAGACCCAACUCUCAACGGUGAAAAUAUGCGAUUCUGACUAACAUUUUUUAUCGGAUUCGUAUUUGCUCAUUUUUUAUCCAUUUGGCAUGAAGAAGAUAUCAUUCAACAGCUAAAAGCAUGAUCUUUCCGAAUGUGAAAAAUCUCGUUCAUAUUCGCGGAGAAAUGAGAGCCUGCAACAAUCUCAAGGAAAUUUGAUAACCGCCCACUAAUUACUAUGAUAAUUUAUUUCCAAUCCAACCAAUCAAUCAGUAUUUUAUAUUUUAAUUUAUUAUUAUUGUAGUUCAUAUAGAGUGGCUCUCGAAUUCAAACUUUUAAAAAAUUGGCAGUUUAAAUUACUUUUGGAAUAAAUAAAACAGAAUUUACACCGGCGAUGUCCGUUUGGUACAUUAGUAUGUGAUACAAUUCACUAGAACAAAACAUUUUGACUUGAUAUUGCAGUUUAGAUGUGUUACUCAACAGACUAUUUUUACGUAUUAAUAUAAUGAACGGAACUCAAAAAUAUAUUUAUAUUAAAUGGAAGACAAUACCAUCUUAGGUCCAAACAUUACAAUAAAUUUCAAAAUCAUACAUAUUAUGACCAGCUAUAUGAGCGAAUAUAUGUUUCAAAAUUGCAACGGCUCACGGCUGAACAGUUAAACGUUUACAAAUUGACAAUAACAAACUCUUAACUAUAAAAAUAUAUCACAAUACAAGCUAAAUUGCACUGUAGUUCGUAGUCUGCUGUAAAACUCACAAUAACCGAUAAAAGCAACGUUUGUAGAUCGAGUAGUAAGUUUCAUAAAUACAUAAAGCGACAUGUAUUUAAUAGGAUACAUAAUUUGUCAAAAUCAGUAUUUUCAAAUUGAUCGGGUAUAGCUACUGUUUAUUUAGAGAAAUACCAGCACGUGCAUGGGUUUGUAUCCAUGCUCUUCGACUUGUCAAGGCAGAUAUCCAGUGAGAAAACCUACCAAAACAUCUCAACGAUUUCCAGCUGUUCAGUUUUUAGUUUAAAACCCAAAUUCACAGCACUCUUUCAAAAAUAUACGCUAAUAUACGUUUUUAUUGAUAGCGUAUAAACAUUGCGCCACAGUGAUUGAUGCGUAUUUUGGUAUGCAUACAUUAUGAUUUCAACCAAUAGGAUUUUUGAGUCCGCUCCCGGCCACGAAAUACCAAAUUCCCUUGAGAUUGUUGCAGGCCUAUAUUCUAUAGGCCGGCCACGCAGGCUAUACGCGGAGUAAUUCAGAUACAAUAGCGCGCUAAAGUUCGAUUACCUUUUUUCUUAUACACUCUGUAUAACAAAUUUUCUUUGACUGUUUUCAUCAUGCAUGUACAUUGAUUUUUGGCAAACCUUGUGUGACAAAUUUAUUCGUUGAAAUAUAUGUAUGCUCUUACAUUUUUACGGAAAUAGCAUGAUUGCCACAGUCAUGCAGGACGAAAUGAAUGUCAGGUUUUUAAGCUAUAUAUACCCUACGUGGAAAUUAGCAACGUUUCGACAUUUUAGAUUAAGUAACAAUUAGUUCCAUUUGCCUAUAAAACUUAUAAAGAUUCAAUUAAGCGGAUUAAUUUGUUAUUAAAAUCAGUUGAAAAGUUAUUUAGGAUUACGGUCACUACACUGCAGAGACACAAAACUAACCUUAUUCAUAUAUUGGUGAAUUUUAUUGUGCAAUACUAUCAUGCAACAGAAGGUGCAGGUCAGUCGACAACAGUCAACAGUGCUAUUAUAGAGGGUUGAAGUAGCUAUGUUAUAGUUAGUAGUUUGUAGUUAGUAGCUAUGUGUUAUAGAAUUGAAAUGUAUUUCAUGAAUUGAACAAAUGCCCCAGCUGUGUGAUCACACAUAAUAUCCGAAAACACUUCAAAGUGUACCAUUAAGAAACAAUUAGGAUGUAUAUACUGUAAUUAAUGUAGUAUUAUUUUUAGGCACAAGCUGAAAAAAUUAAGGAUGUUCAAAAUUUGAAUUUUGAACCAAGAAUUGCCAUUGGGAAUGGAAAAGUUUCAAAACACAUUGAUGUUGCAUCUGGAGUGUGGGCUGAUGAUGCCAAUAAAGAACAAUUUUGGUCCAGUGAUCCAAAAGAAAUUCUUAAGUAAGGAGGCUUUGCAUUUGCGUUGAGCAGUUGACUAUACGAUCGUAAAUAGAAACUAUAAUCAUGAAGAAGAGCUGACUGGAGAUGCCUAAAAUCUUGAUUCCACAUGUCAUUAUUUUACAAAUAAUCGCUUGGUUAUUUUUCAGGUUCUGUCAAAAGACCUACCCUAAUAUUGAAGUCACCAAUAUUGUUGAAGCCAAUGACAAUGUAACUAUUUGUUCUGGAGAGGAUUGCACAUCAUCGUACACUGUUCUUCCAUACAGAUGUCUUGGUAAGCGUAAUGUCGUGUGUAUGGCAUCGCAAACCUCGUGUUAUUAGAAAAUUUCCCUGUUUUCAUAAAAGUAUAGUUUUAAACCGUAAACUAUGUGUUAAACUACAUUAUUUUGUGUAUACAUUUGUACCAUACUGUACAUAUAGUACUAAUUAAAAACAUUACUUAUUAAAUAAAUAGAGAAUAAUACAUGGGUGCGCGGAAAUACAAGAUUUAUUUCGAGUGUUAACAUGAUAUCUCACGAAUGAGCGCAGCGAACGAGUGAGAUAUCAUGUUCAACACGAGAAAUAAAUCUGGUAUUUCCAAGCACCCAUGUAUUUUUCUGUUUAUUAUAUAAACAAAAUUCAGUGAAAAACAAUGUAACGUCCGUGGCAAUGGGUUUUACAACAAAUGAUAUUUUCACACGUAAAAAUAUCGUAUUUUUUACGUGCUGUGUUUAAAUACGAGUUUUCUCAGUGGCCAAAAACUCUAUAUAACACUUAUGUUUAUAUAAUAAAAUGUUUUCCCAACCUCCCUUACAAAAUAUACUGUGGGCCUAGCUGUGAACAUAGACCUUUCCCAAUAUAUCUUCACAAUCUUGUUGUGUCUGGCCACUUUUCGUGCGGUUUUCGUGGUGCAUUUUUGGAAUUGAGUUGUUAUUUGACUAAUUUCCUACAGUUUAAGAAAUAUUUUUUUAAUAAAUUUAGUACCAGUACCUUUCUAUAAGUUUUUCUAUAAACGUACUUUUCAUGUAUGUUGUUUUCUACGAAAAUGUCUCAAUUUCCGCAUCGAUGUCUAAGCAGAACAAGGCCGGUCCGAGCACAUAUUUCGGAGAAUAACAGGGUGCGAUAAUUCGCGUACCAACGUACCGGAAGUACGCCAAAUUUAUGGUCUGGUACUUCCUUGUUUUUAGGCAAGUACCACGUAGGUACGCGGAAAUUUGCUAUUCGCGUACUUACAUUUUCCUUCUAGCAAUAACUAGCAAACCUGCCAACGUAUUCAAAACCGUGAAUAAUUUUAGCUAUACAUGUAAAUUCCACGCAUCCAACAUAUUUUGGGAUGAAAAAGGCCAAAAGGAAAUCGCUCUGGUGAGCAAUUUUAAAAUCGUUAUCGUCAUACGCCGAUAAUUUUAUCGUUUUCGUUGUAGUGUGGACACCAACAUAAUUUUUUUACCAAUUAUCGCGUGUUUACAAGUUAUCGUAUCAUUAUCGUAUCGUUAUCGUUGUGUGGUGUGACCUGGGCUUAACUGUCAAUGCUAUACCAAGGCCUAAAAAUAAAAUACCUGUGGUUCCGGUAUCCCGACUGACCCUCAAAAUUUUUUUUAUUUCCGACCUACCUACCCUAAUUUUUUCGCGAUAUGAAACCGGAACCGCAGGCAUUUUUUUAGGCCAAUGAGGAAAACUACACUGUAUGUGGCUGAGGUCAGACUGUUAACACCCUCGGUAAAUCCACUGUAAAUGAGUGAGGUCAUUCGAGUCACAACAUCGACGCUUUGAAAACUGUUAUAUUAUGUUGUACAAAUACCAUAAUUAAAGAUUCAUUUGUACAAAAUUGUUAAAUUGCUCAUACAUUUUUUGCUUUUGGACCAGUAAACUAUACGUAGGUAUAAAAACGCAUGACUCGGAAGUAGUCUUAGGUACGUCUUGACUCUUGAGUUUGUACCAGUCCAGGUACGCGACAAGAGUUGUCGGAGUACCAGUCAAGUACGGCUAAAAAUAUUCAAUUAUCGCACCCUGGAAUAAAAUGCUCUACGAAGUAUGUACGCAUUGUAUAUCCGUACAGUAUGUGAAACAUCCGUACAGUAUGUGAAAACAAUGCUUCGCUCUUGAUAUCUCUUGAACCAUAUCUCUUGAAACACAAUUCGGCCAAUGUGCUUACCAAGAUCCCACAAGAAAACCUGAACGAGGUCGUGAAGCUGUCUUGGGAAAGGCCUAUUUACAUGUUUGGAUAUCUUGGUUCCAUAUUUUAUGCUUUCAAUGUCCGAGAAUGUAAAUCAAUUGUGAAUGGAAAAACAUGCGUGUUCUUAACUAAUUCGGUCUGGUGUAUAUAUCACCAUUUAUAAUAAGUUAGAUUGGCGUUAAAUUGUGAUCACUUUUACAUUUUAGUUGGUAAAUUCGAAGCUGAUGCAAUGAGCUAUCCUUUUGACGCUCAAUGUGAUUUUGGCUAUGUUCAUGAGACCAAAACCUGCAGGAACCAUGCGUAUUGGAAUGAAAGAGCAAAUCAGAUCUGUAGGGGCAAGGCAAAGCAUUUGGAAAAUUAUGGUAUCCUUCUUCCAUGUGGUACAGAUGUGUUUACUGGUGUGGAAUAUGUGUGUUGCAAGGUAAUGUACCAACACAUAUAGAUUGUUGCUGUCCUGGGGUUGAACACUGUGAUAUAGGCAGUAUAUUUUGCAAUGAACCUUAAAUAACACUUUCUCAAGCAGUUACUGUAUGACCUACAGUGGGGACUUACAGUAUUGUGAUUGAAAUCUGUCAAAACGCUGUAGCUUUCACUACCCUAUGUGUAAACUAGUGUAUAUAGUUUGGAAAACGUGCGUAGAUUAAUGUUAUGUUACAAGUCGUUUCCUUGUUUCUGGUUUCAUUUACACUACCAGACACUAGGCUUAUGUAAUAUUUAGCUAGUUAUAAGCAUUAUUUUAACAGGCGGAACUCAGCUAAAGGUUGAAUUGCUCUUAACGCAUUUGUGUUUUUUGUAGAAGUCCGUUGAAGCUGCUCCAACAAUGGUAAGAACGCAUAAUUUAAACCAUUAAUCGAUUGCUGGGUAGACACAAAAUGAAAAAUCCGACUGAUCUCAUAAGUUACACUGGAUAGAAGACUGAAACGUAUAUCAUUACUUAUAUCAUAUUUACGAAACUGAUUUUUCGCAAAUACUGAACAUUUUUGAAAACAUACUGUACACCAAAUUUAUUGGUGCUAUGCUUGAAAGAAAGCGAUAUUCUCAGGGUUGGGGCCCGAAAUUUCAGAAUACGCUGAAACAUUGCCGAGUUUACACAAUAAAUUCUGUCAAUUUUGGUCAAAACCACUCGAAAUAGACAACAUUGUUUAUAUAAAAUAUGUGCAGUUCUAUCUCAUUAAUACUACACUUGCAACAUAUACAUCUUUCCUAUUUCCAUAGCUCCAGCGACUUAAUUCUCCGUAGAGCGUAUUGUUCUUAUUUUGCUGUUCAAGAAAACAAUGUUGUGAUGUUUUUAUUUUUAGGAAUCUGUAGAAGCCGAAAGUGCACCAGAUUCCGUUGAAAGCACAGUAAGAAUGAUUUAUGAUCUUUCCCAUUUUGUUGUGCAUGGAACAGUAUGUCAGUAUACUCAGUAGACAGUAGGUUGUACUAUUAAUCAACACUCUGGUUAAAAUUUCCUGGUUAACCUAGAAAUAACACUGUUUUGGGUAACUUAAUAUUCCUGUUUUAAUUUCCCAGUUAGAUUAUCUCGCUUUCCACCAUAACCUGGUUUAUUUAACCAGGAAUCUGGUUAUUUCAUAUUGCAAAAAGUGGGAUAUGGAGUGCGAGAUCUUCGUUGAAAUGCUAAACAUAACCCUAACAUGUUUUCACGAUUUAUCUAGAUGCCAAAAACAUAUCAUGAAACCUUGGAAGAUUUGCUGAACAAAUUUGGUGCUCACAUCCCUAAACUGAGCAAAGGUAGCUAUCAGUUUAGCCACAGUAAUAUCAUUCUUUGUAACGAAAGUCAGUAAAUCCAGUCAUUUAGAAAAACAGCGUGCAUGUACCUGUUAUCGCAAAAAAACGUUUCGAUGUUUAAUUUAGUCCAUGUUCUAUACUAAACAGCAAUUACUCAAACAGUCAAAUUUUAGUGUAGAAAGUAAUGACAAUUAGGAAUUAUUGUAGUUAAGAUAGAAGUGUUUGAAGUUGCUCAACAUUUUACAAAGUAACAUAUUUCAGAUGAAUAGAAAUGUUAUUAUUAAAAUUAAAAUAACAUUUCUAUUUCAUGUUUGUUCUAUUUUGAGAUAUUAAAUUUUACCCAGUAAAAGCUAUUUUCAUUUUACGUUAGAUUAAUUUUCACCAAUAUUUGCUUUGGUAAAUUAAUAUUUAGGUAAACUCGCUAAACUAUACAGUGAUUUUGCUCAUCCGAUGUGAUCACUUCGGGGUUUUUUAACAACGUACAUUAGGAAAUUGUAAGGCAAGGAAAUUCCAUGUUUACGUUUAGGCUGUGACCGUUCUAUAUAUAAUGCGAAAACUGAGCUUCUUCAUGGUGAGAAAGAUGGAAAAGUGAAAAAAUUGGCCAAAGAUCUGAAUGAAGCUAAAUCUCGAAUGGAGGAAUUGAAGAAAGAUGACCCCGAUCAAGCUAAAGCCUUGUUCAAAAGUAUGUUUUCCCACGUAGAUGAUUUUAUUCGGGUUUUGUACCUCGAUUUUUCGUUAUUUCUCGAAACUUAUUUCUUCAUUAUUUGUCUAGAAACCUUGGAGAUCUAUCAAGGCACAUUAAAGAACAUUGAAAGUCAGGCAAAACUGGACGAGACUCGAUUGAGCCAAGAAAAGAAAGAAUGUGUUCAAAUGAACUUGAAUCACAAGAAACAUCUGGCUAUGAGUGCGUUUGUGGAUGCCGUGCGACAACAUAAAAAUAAACCAGCCAAGAUAAUCAAGACCUUCCAACGUUUCAUGAACAUAUUAGAAAAUGACCAAGACCAAAAGUAAGUAUAUGGGUUGCAAUCGUAAAAACCCACCUGGCGAAUUGUAUCAUAUUAACUGCGGAGUUUAAGUACUGUUUCUUUUUAUUCUAGUAUGCGUAGUUUAUCUAAAAAACUUCUGUCAAAGGGUUCUCGCAAAGAGAAACUCAUGUCUGCGAGAGACUUGUUUUUGAAACAUUUGAAUCUGGUCAAGUCAUCAUUGAAAGAAGGUGUUGACAUCCUAAAAAAAGUGGAAUCAGUUCGUGGGAAGAUCAAAUUCGAUUUACCACCGUUUGCCAGUGAUAUCGACUUUGAGGUUUGUAUGCUGUGAUUUCUUUCACCCUAAGAGGGCCUGGAAUUGCUUGUAUAAAAAGAUUAUUCAUAUCUUGUUCAAUCUUGAAAUGCAGUUGCUUUGACCCGUUAUUAGACUUAUGAUACGUGUUUUUAUUAUGAACCAAACAAUGAUCAUGUUUGUCGAAAGUACUUAGUACGUCACCAUAUAGCUAAGGGACCGGUCAUUUAUGGUUGGGGGUGGCACCGAAGAGAAAUGUUUUUCGUGGCAAACAUUUUGCUGACCCAACCAUUGAAAAGUAAAAAAUUUGGUUACCCAACCUCAAAUAUCAAGUAUAAAAUAAAUACCCACCCCUGGCCAAAAUUAAACUUUACAAAAGGUUACCAUUCAGUUGUCACAUAUGUCCUUUACCCGUUUUCUGUGACAGGAGUUUGAUAACUGCUUGUGAAAUUUGCUGCAGUUUAAUGUAUCAUGUUGUCUGCACAUGUGCUUUCUUUGGAGACACCAUUAAUUUGUCUUCUAACAAAUUGGAAAAUGAUCAAGACAGUGACUGAUUGAUUCACAUAUUGUAUUGACAUAUGACCAUAACUUUUUAUUACCCAACCCUUGAAUUGUUUUGUUUUUCAUUUACCCAACCUUUUACUUACUCAAAAUUUAGUUUACCCAACCAUUUUCUCUUCGGUGCCACCCCCCGCCAUAAAUAAUGACCGGUCCCUAAAGUACCUUGCUUUAGACUCGAAGGUCCAACUACCUGAAAAAUAUAAUAAAAACUUUGAAGUUCUUGUUAUACAGUAUUUAUAUUUUUGAUCCUACAUUCCCUCAAUGCAUUGUUUAUCCUUAGGCCAAAAAAAAAAAUAUGUGGGUUUCCGGUUUCUUCUUAUAAAAACUUAGGUAGGGUAGGUCGGUUUUAACUUCUUUUUUUUAAACUUUUUUUUUAAUUUUCCGAACAAGCGGACGCCAUUUUGUUUAGUCAGUGCUUCCACAUCCAAAAAUAAAUUUCCCUAAUAUUGCCUCAAAUUUCAAUUCCUCUAAGUGGAAACACUUACAACCAUGAUCCAAUAAAAAAGUUUAGGGUCGGGAUUUCGACGUCCAAAAGCUAGGUAGGGUCGGGAAACCGGAAACCCACAUAUUUUUUUUUUGGCCUUACCCACACUGGUAUAGUAUUUGCUGUGUGGUGGGUUUACUUUACCAUGAACUCAUGAAGGGCUUGCCUUCACAGGCGAGACCUCGCGUGUUAAAUUAAUUCCGUGUUAAAAUUCGUUUAUAUGAGACGAAGGCCAGCUCGCGUAGGCGAGAUCUCGCUAUUGACUACCCGACAUCACGCCUAGUAUGGUGGUUGGCCUUCUUAGUAGGGCUGAGUAAAAAGCCGCAUUCUUGUUAAAAAAAACCUCCGCAUUUCGCUUCAAAUAUUUCGCUCCUGAACAAUACUCAAUCAUCUGUUGGUUAUUGUUUGGAAAAUUUGCUUGGCAAAGUAUGAUUUUGACUUCGUGAUUUGUGACACCUCCUUAGAGUUUAUUAACUUGUUACUAGUACGUAAUUUUUUAGUGACAAAGGUCUUUUAUAUAUCACUUAUUAUAACGGUAUGAUUUGAAGAAUAGGUCCAAUAUAUAUAAUGAUAAAAGGCUCUAUAAAAGCAAGGUCUUAAUCUAUCGCAUGUGACCUUCCACAGAAGCUUUCACUUAUUUCCAAGAAAUUCGGCCUUGGAAAACGUAAACUCGCCACCUAUAAAUGACUUGUGUAAUGGUUACAAAAUUGCUGUUUUUGCUAUUACUAAAAAAGUAGAAUUACAUCUUAUCUAAAGAAUUAACAACCUCCCACGUUUCUUAGAUGUUCAUUAUUCACGAAUAGCUAUAAUUUAUGUUCUUUGCUAUCUUCAGUUUGCACACAAGCCGAAGACAACCCCUCCACCCCCGACUGAGGAACAUUCAGCUACUGAAGGCCGUGACGAAACACUUGGCUUGGACGAAGACGAGAAAAAGCCUGAAAAUGAACAUGAUUCAACCCUUCCUACUGAAGACGUACCAGGAAAGCCCGCACCACGUUUGUCUAAGGAUGGUAAAAAACACCAUCAUGAUCAUCCUCUCAAAUCCCGUGCGGUGUUUGCUGCUGUCAUUGGUCUGAGUUGCGGCGCCUUGGUGAUCAUGAUUGUCAUCGUGCUUGCAUUAUUCUUCAGAAAAGGAUCCUCCAAACGUAACACCAAGACCGUCAUAGCCGAAGAUGAUUCGCAGGAGAAACGCCACCUCCUCAAGAUGCAAGAAGAUGGAUUCGAAAAUCCAACCUAUAAAUUCUUUGCCAAUUAACAUAUUGACUUUGGAAUAUUUACGCUCAUAAUAGAUGUAGAAUUUUUGUUCGUUACAUAUAUAUAUGAACGCGCAUGAUAUACAUUUGUAGCACGUACUUUGUUUAAAACUGGCAGAUGCUUACAUUUAAUGGAAGAUGUAAUAUGAUUUUUGAAGCAUUUUAUACGCUAAAGCGUGCCAGUUACUUUUUCCGAUUUUUUACUAGUAUAAGUAUAUUUAUUGAUUCCUAUAUAUUAUAUAUAAUAGAAUAUGGUAUAGUUUCGUAUGUGGUAAGGCCAAAUUCGGUGGUAUACAUGAUUGAUUAACGUAUCGUCCAAAUGUAACGUAUUAGCAAUUAGUGAUUAAUGUACACCAAACGAGUACCAAUAAAUAUUUAGUGUAGCUGUUAAGCUCGUGUCCG